AUGGCAUACCCCGAAAACAAAAGUUUCGAAACUGGCAUGUACGUGUCUCUAUCAACGCUGGUGUUUAUAAAUCUCAUUGGCAAUACCCUCGUAAUCCUGGUAAUUCUGACCAAUAGAAAAAUGAAAUCUCCAAUGAACUACCUUCUCGCCAACCUUGCUGUAGCAGACAUCAUGGUAGGAGCUUUCAUUGUGCCACCGUUAAUUUCUAAACAAUUCUUUACCCACCCUGAAGGAAUUGCUGGAGCAAUAGCCUGCAAGGUGCUAACCGGGGGGAGCUUGACUUGGGUCGGUAGCGCUGCCUCGGCAUUCUCACUCGUUGCCAUAUCAUUUGAAAGAUACUUUGCUGUCAUUCACCCACACUCAACGAAACUAAGACUCACUUUCCGGAAAGUCAAGCGUGUGGUCAAAGGAAGUUGGACUUUUGCUUUGGUAAUAAACCUACCUUCGUUUGCUACCCUCGCCUAUGAUAAGAAUAUCAACCUUUGCGUAGAAGAAUGGCCAGAGCAGCAGAUUGGUAGUGCGUAUGGUACGCUUUGGUUCCUCGCCGUCGGCGUCCUUCCUAUCACCAUCAUGUUUGGCCUUUACAGCCGUGUUGUCUACACACUCUGGUUCAAGCGCUCAAAAAACCAAGUCCCCGCUACUCAGUUAUCUAUCCUCAAGUCUAGGAAGAGAUUGACGAAGAUGAUUUUUACCGUCAGUAUAAUAUAUGCAAUCUGUUGGCUUCCAGACCUCACAAUCUACCUCUUACAUCUCUAUAACGUGACGUUUGGCUAUGCGGGACUCCCAAACGUCAUCGGGGUUAUCUUGGUUACGUGUAACUCAGCUGUCAAUCCUUUUGUUUAUACCUUCCAAAGUGAGAAAUUUCGACGCCAUCUUAAGCAGCUAGUUCUAUGUAGGAAGUAUCGCAGGAACCGCGUUGCUAAUGCGAUAUUAACAAUUUUCCUUGAGACAGGUGCAACGCCGCUGUGA